CAAAGAGUUAAACCUGAAGAAGUAGAAUUUGUAGAUGAAAGAUUAAAGGACAACUCUUAUGAGGCUAAGGGAGGAUCUGAUGUAAACUCAUAUGGCUGGAAAGCUUCUCAAGAUUUGAUUAAAGUACGUGGAGACAAGUUUAGAGCAGAAAAGAACAAGAAGAAGAGAGGAUCUUACCGUGGAGGACAGAUCACGUUCGAAAGCCACAGCAUUAAAUUC